AUUCUCUUUCUCGUUCUUUAUUGCUUAUAUAUAUAUAGAGAGAGAGGUAUAUAUUCUUGUCUUCAUCCCCUGAUCCACUUGUUUCACGUUUCUCUCCCAUUGCUCUCCCACAUUUUCAGGUACAACUUAAAUUCCUAAUCCUUGGUUCAGUCUUACAAUGUGGGAUCUUUCUCUUUUUAGAGAUCAAGAAAUCACUUAAUAUAACAGUUGUUUCAGAGAUCAAAAUCUUGCAGUAGUUACAACUGUUUGAAAAUGUAAAAAAAAAUGGUUCCUUUUGAGUUGAUAGAGGAGUAGUGAGGUGAUUAGAAAGUGAUUAAGGGAUAGUUUAUUCAUGCAAAAGUUUUGGUUUUGAGAGUGAGAACUCCGAGUCUGAACUUUAAAAGAGCAGAUUAGUGGUUCGAAAUGAAUUGGAAUACACACAUGGAGGGUCAUUACAUGAACCCUAGCUACCCAUAUAAUUCGGCUGGAAGUUUCAUUGAAUAUUUCGAAGGUCUUACGUAUGACCAUGUGAAUUUCAUUUUCAACGGAGGUUCCCACGCUCAGGAUAUCGUAUACCCCUCGACAAAUGCAAAUUUCUACAAGUUCGGCAUAUCCCCACCAGGGAGAACUUCAUAUUAUGACCCAACUCAUAUUUAUGAGUUUCAUGAUAAUGGACUGCGGAAUGAAGAAUAUGGAAGGCCCUUGGAGAAUUCUUCCACAACGACUAAUGAACAGAUUUCCAGAGUAAAUACAGAAGGGGAAGUAAAUGAAAACAGGACUUCUCAUGAUGACCCUGUAGAAUGUUUGCGCAGACAUCAUAAUGUUCAGGAUUAUCAGGCUAUUUGGCAAGACAACGUUGAUCUAGACAGUAUGACUUACGAGGAAUUGCUUGAAUUAGGCGAGACAGUUGGCACCCAAAAUCGAGGUCUUUCCCAAGAGCUCAUUUCUUUGCUUCCAAUCUCAAAAUACAAUCGCAGCUUCUUCUCAAGGAGGAAAUCAAGAAGCGAGAGGUGUGUGAUUUGCCAAAUGGAAUAUAAGCGGGGAGAUCGCCGGAUCACUCUACCAUGCAAACAUAUCUACCAUGCUGGUUGCGGGACCAGAUGGCUUUGCAUCAAUAAGGCCUGCCCCAUUUGCUACACGGAGGUUUUUGGCGAUGCAUCAAAACAUUAAGGGUUAACUUUCAAACGAACGAAGAUCCAUCGACUUGUUUCCUUAUUAUGGGCCUGCUUAUAUCCGUGCGAGGUCUUCAUGAGAGCAUGCCUGCUGGUGUAUGCCAUUCUAUCAAGAACUUGUAUCGUGGGGCAGCACUCAUGUGAGCCGGCACGAAAUUCCUGGGAAGAAUUUUUCAAGAUUUGGUCGAACUUUAAUGCCGUGCAUAUAAUUCAAAGCAAUCUAGAUGCCAUAACCUUUAAAAAUCAUUUCUUAUGUUUGCAAAUAAAUUCUAGUUCAGAUGGUUUGGUAAUAACUAGGUUCCAGGUGAUUGCUUCAAAUCUAUCCUCUGUUUUUUUUUUUUUUUUCGGGAAGAGGAUCGAUCCUUUUCUUCCCUUAGUUAUCUAGUCCUUUGGAUGUCUUUG